UACGCCAGUUGUAACCCGACUAUCUCUAAGUGAAGUUCAAAAUGCCUGUGCCGAGCCGAGAUGGUCUCAAAAUUACUCAUUUAAUAGUGAAGGAUGUGCGAUUUCCUACGUCACUUGGAGGUCACGGCUCUGAUGCUUUGCACACGGAUCCCGACUAUUCCUGCGCCUACGUCAACAUAAUCACGGAAAAUGGCAAGCAAGGCUUCGGGCUCACGUUCACGAGCGGGCGUGGGACUGAAGUGAUCGUGUUCUGUGUACGGGCAUUGAAGAAAUUUGUCGUAGGACGGAAUGUUGCUGACAUCUUUGCUGACUUUUCUGGAUAUUGGCGCGCGAUCACCAACGAUUCACAAAUGAGAUGGAUUGGCCCAGAAAAAGGAGUAGCUCAUCUAGCAGUGGCAGCCAUUCUAAAUUCGCUAUGGGACUUGUGGGCCAGACUCGAGGAUAAACCGGUUUGGAGGCUGCUAACCGAUAUGGAACCCGAGGAACUAGUAUCAACAAUAGACUUCCGUUAUAUAACUGAUGUGAUCACCAAAGAAGAGGCUAUCGAACUUUUGAAGAAAAUGAGAACCGGCAGAGAUGAAAGGAUUCAAUAUUUACUGAAACACGGGUACCCUGCGUACACUACUCAAGUUGGCUGGCUCGGUUACAGUGACGAACUUCUCAAAGAGCUAUGUGAGAAGUAUUUGAAGUUAGGUUUCACUCAUUUCAAAGUUAAAGUAGGCCUUAGCAUGGAAGAUGAUUACCGGCGGUGCAGUGCCGUGCGGAAGUACAUUGGAGAAAAGAAUUAUUUGAUGGUAGAUGCAAAUCAGGCGUGGAGCGUGAAUGAAGCCAUUGAGUGGAUGAAAAAAUUAGCCCCACUUAAACCCAUGUGGAUAGAGGAGCCCACGUCUCCAGAUGACAUCAUUGGCCAUGCUGUCAUUUCCAAGGCUCUACAGCCGUACGAUAUAGGAGUGGCUACAGGCGAGAUGUGUGCUAAUCGCGUCAUGUUCAAGCAGUUCUUGCAAAGCGGCGGAAUGCAAUACUGCCAGAUCGACUCAGCUCGAAUCGGCGGCAUUAACGAGAUUCUAUCGGUGUACCUCAUGGCUUACAAACUUGGCGUGAAAGUAUGUCCACACGCGGGCGGCGUUGGCCUCUGCGAGAUGGUGCAGCACCUGCAGUUCUGGGACUACGCGAGCCUCUCCGGUACCAUGGAAGGUCGCCUUAUAGAAUAUGUGGAUCAGCAGCACGAACAUUUCAUUGAUCCCUGUGACGUCGUUAAUGCCAGAUAUAUGGCGCCUAAGCUCCCCGGAUACAGCACGGAAUUCCUGCCAGGUACGCUGGAGAAAUUCGGCUAUCCUAGAGGAAGCGAGUGGCAGAAGAUGAUCAAGGAAGGGCUUUUCAGAGAACCCGACGAAGCAGAACUAGCCAACCCAUAAUUGACGAUUAAAGAAAUAAACGAAACGGAAAGACAAAAGAAAACUAGUAAUUACCAAAUUAAUUAUUUAUUUUAAUUUAUCCUAUUACCA